GCAUGUCUGUGCGCACUUCAGACCAGCGGCGACAGACUGCCAAAGUCAAACAUGGAGUAAAAUGGGAGGGGGAAAAUCCUCAAUUAUAAUAUAUCACGUGGACAGAGAGGAGCCCGAUUUAAAAGCUCACAACUUAUAUCGUCUUUCGCUCCUGAGAAGGCGAGUCUUGAAGUUCCAUCAGAAUGGGCUGUCUUUUCUCAGACGCAUCUGGACGACUGCAGCAACGGGUCAUGGAGAGGUGCCCAUAGAUGUGCCAUUCAAGUACGGACCAUGCUCAUCUUGGACUUCUCGUUUUCUAAACUGCUCAAUCGAUUAAUGCAGAGCCGCCAAUCAUAGAUUCCGGAGAGACAAGUUGCUCAUACGGAUUUGCCCUUCUUCAUUAACGGGAGCGUCAAAAUCACCUCCGCCACUACAUUGGGGACGUGAGAGCACGAGGCCGGCGUAAGAUUCGCACUACCGUGAAGAUGAACAUCCAAGUGCUGCCAGAACAUAAGCUCUCAUCAGUUGCCCCGCUUAAACAGUGCAAUGUGGAAAAAAAGGAAGUUGAACUGAUACUGGUGAAGGACCAGAAUGGGGUCCAGUACACUAGCUCGUCUGUCAUUCCCAACUGCAGUGGCGGUCCCCCAGAAGAUGAUGAAAGGGAAACUUGGGGAAAGAAAAUGGACUUUCUACUGUCUGUUAUAGGCUUCGCAGUGGACUUGGCCAAUGUGUGGAGAUUCCCUUACUUGUGUUACAAGAAUGGAGGAGGUGCCUUUUUGAUUCCAUACAUUCUGUUCCUGGUCAUUGCUGGGAUGCCCUUAUUCUACAUGGAGUUAGCCUUGGGCCAGUACAACAGAGAAGGGGCCGCCACAGUCUGGAAGAUAUGCCCUGUGUUUAAAGGUGUGGGUUACACUGUCAUCAUCAUCGCCCUCUAUGUUGGCUUCUACUACAACGUCAUCAUAGCCUGGUCUCUCUACUACCUGUUCUCGUCCAUGACCGGUGAGCUGCCAUGGCUUCACUGUAACAACAGCUGGAACAGCGAGAACUGCACUCUCCCCAAGCACUUCAACGGCUCCUUCUUGGCCAAUGGGACAUCCUACGCCAAGUUUAAGAUCACGCCGGCGGCGGAGUACUAUGAACGGGGUGUGUUGCAUCUCCAUGAGAGCAGGGGCAUCCAGGACCUGGGCUUACCUCGCUGGGAGCUCACUCUGUGUCUUGUGGUUGUGGUCUUCAUCCUAUACUUCAGCCUGUGGAAGGGCGUCAAGUCCUCAGGCAAGGUGGUGUACAUCACAGCCACUAUGCCCUACGUGGUGCUGUUUGUGUUGUUGAUCCGAGGCAUCACUCUGCCAGGUGCCAUGGAUGGCAUACGGGCCUACCUCCACAUCGACUUCAACAUGCUCAAUAACCCCAAGGUGUGGAUCGAUGCUGCCACUCAGAUCUUCUACUCUCUAGGAGCAGGCUUCGGGGUGCUCAUCGCCUUCGCCAGCUACAACAAAUUCGACAACAACUGCUACAGGGAUGCUCUCCUGACCAGUACAGUGAACUGUGUCACCAGCUUCUUCUCAGGGUUUGCCAUCUUUUCUGUGCUGGGUUACAUGGCUGACAAACAUGGUGUGAAAAUAGAGGACGUAGCAACAGAUGGGGCAGGAUUGGUGUUCAUUAUCUACCCAGAGGCCAUCUCCACUUUGCCCGGCUCUACGUUUUGGGCCAUCGUAUUCUUCAUCAUGCUGCUGACGCUGGGUAUCGACAGCUCUAUGGGUGGUAUGGAGGCAGUAAUUACAGGCCUCACUGACGACUUCAAAAUCCUCAAGAGGAACAGGAAACUGUUCACCUUCGCCACUGCAUUCGGCACUUUCCUGGUUGCCUUGUUCUGCAUCACUAACGGAGGCAUCUAUGUCCUUACUCUACUAGAUAACUACGCAGCAGGAACCUCUAUACUGUUCGCGGUGCUGAUCGAAGCAAUAGGGGUGUCCUGGUUUUACGGAGUGGACCGUUUCAGUGAGGAUAUUGAGCGCAUGAUGGGCUUCAAGCCAGGUCUCUACUGGAGGCUGUGCUGGAAAUUUGUCAGCCCAGCCUUCCUGCUGUUUGUGGUGGUUGCCAGCAUCGUGACCUCAACUGGCCUGAAUUACGAUGACUAUAUCUUCCCUCAGUGGUCCAACGUGGUUGGUUGGGGUGUGGCCAUGUCCUCUAUGCUCUUUGUCCCCGUCUACGCCAUCUACAAGUUUUGCAGCGUGUCAGGCACUUUCAAACAGAGGAUAGCUUACUGCAUCACACCUGAACAUGAACAUCACCUAGUGGCCGAGGGGAACAUCAGGCAGUUCACGCUUAAGCACUGGUUGGCCAUCUGACACCCAACAGGCUGCCCAACAUUCCUCACUGUCCAAAAUUCCAGCAUGUUGGAGCCACGGCAUUCUGGCGGCAGACAUGUCUACCAUGAGCCUCCGGUCGGAGGGCGAACAGGGAGAGCCAGACUUGAACUUUUCUCACCUCUGACCUACACUGCCCCUUCCCUCCCUCAGUCCCUGGCUGGCACACUGGCUUUACACAAUAUCAUACAUUUUGUUAAUGUAUUUUGCUUUAUUGUUUUUGACCAUACACUUUUUUUGUUUUGUUUAUAUAUUAUUCAUACAUUUUUCCAACGAGCCACGUAUUAGCCAAGACACACUCUUCACUGUUCAAAAGCUAACAUUUUGGAGGGGGGAUUCAUGGAUACUUAUUUUCCUUUCCAUGUCCGUGUAUAUUUUGAUUUAAGCUGUGCUUGUUUCUGCAGAGUAAGACACUAAAGCCAAGAGAAAAAAUAUUGCUUUCAAUGUAUAUUUUUACUAUGAUUUUUGUUUGCUCUGCUUUGUUUAUACAGGGUGUGUAAGACAGUGAAAGCAAGAGAAAAAAUAAUCAAUCAGAAUCAGUCCACUAUGUAAGGUGUAGUACAGGAUAGGGAUGGAAAAUGUAAUUAGCUUCUUAUUUUUUUAAGACCCUCAAGCCGUAAGGAUAGUAAUUGAGUUGUUGUGCUGUCUUUGAGAUGCCAAGUAGAUACAGUAAGUAAUUAUUUGGAGGGAAAGUCUUAAUUCUUUUGAAAGAGCAGCUUAACUGUGUCAGUGCCUUAUCAAGGAAGACACUUCAGAACCAGUUCAAGGUUACUCUUCACCACCCCUACUUAACAUCUCUGCAGAUCUCAACUGUGGAUUACAUAUGCGCCCAGUUACAACCAUGGCUAUUCAUUCAGUUGAAAUGAUUCCUUUUUGAUCCUUAAAAUUAAAGAACUUGAGGUUUACCAAGGUUAUUCACCUGGGCUUGUGUUAUGUGCAUAGAGACAUGCAGCUUUUGUCAACUGUUUAAAAAAAAAAAGGGAACAAUUUAUAUUUGAACUUCAAUUUGUUUUGCAGUCAGGGUCAUUCCAAAGCUCUACUGAAGGCUCAACAGAUGGGCAGUUGUUUUUUGGUAGUAACUUAUGACUCAAUGAUUCCAUAUUUCCUCUUCAAAGAAAUGCGUUACAUUUUCUUCACCUUGCAAAAGCGUCUUACAGUGUGCUUUCAUGAAGAGAUGUGUGAGGAAGGCCCUUUGGCAGGUUUUGUUUUCCAGAACUUCAAAAGCGUUGUGAGCAGUUAAUAUCUAAAAUACAGUCAUAUGUGUUUUACUUUCUAAGGAAUGAUGAAGUUACUGUUUUGAUUGUUGGCCAAGGAAGAAAUUGCUUGUUUAUCAAAAAAAAGACUUGAAUGCAGUUUUAUAACAGGAAGGUUCAACUAAACUAAUUACUUUUCCUAACUUUUGGUUUAGUGUCGUUGCACCUUUCCAAUGCUUUGUUACAUGUCUGUGAGGAAAAAUUAGUAGCUUAUCCUUCAAAGAGUGUAUGUGUGGUUUUGUACUGUAUGCGUGUUGUUGUGUGCGUGGAGGAGUGACAAGUGAUCUUAUGUUGCCUCAAUUGUGCUAUAAAAGUGUUAUGUUAAAUGGACAAUAACUUCUUUUUUUUUUCAUUUAAUCUUGAUUUACAGAACAUUCACCACCAUUGAAGUGCCAAGUUGUUUCUUUUUCAGUGUCUCUGUUCUGUUUUGUAUCUAUUUAUUGCAAUUGAGUUUAAUUGGAAUUUUGAACCGUAUAUCGUUAAAAAAAACUAUUGGCAGGAUAAAAGCCACACAUAGGAAUUUAAUAGUAUAUGGAAAUAUAAGAUAUGAAAAAUAUAUAAAUAUAUUCUUUUGUUAUAUAUCCAAUCUUGUAUUUAUCAAAUUGUUUAUAACAAAACGUGAAUGUAAAGUAUUUUAAACGUAACUGUCUGCUGUUAUAUCCCGGUGUUCGAUGUAGGUAAGAUGAACUAUUUACAGAUGUAAAUGUUAAUUUACAGAUGUUCUUCAGCGUAACCUGGGGCAAUUUUGUCACGUGAAUGUAGGCAAAUAAGCCCUGGCUUUGCUGAACAAUGUUUACAGAAUACUGUGUACAAUACAAGCGUCCAGUUGAACGUGAGUGACAAAUAUCUAUAAAGAAGUAAGAAUAUGCACACUAUUAUAAUAAAAAAAUUCUUCUA